AAAAAUAGCCAAAAUGCCAUGACUGUUAUCGAUGUUUCAACUUGUUGCAUAUACUUAACGAUAUGUUGAUCAAUCUUUGACAGACCUAAUUCUGAUCUGAUCUUGGAUUUAAUAUUGUCUUUGCGGCAGUGGAAAAACCCGACAGAAAUAAGAACAGAGGCUGUUAUCUGUUGACUUGAGAGCCAGAGCAGGGCUUAAGUAGACUUCACUUGUUGAAUAAAUCCAACCCGUAAACAUGGACAAGCUACGCCGCGUUCUGAGUGGGGAUGAGCCCACACCUGAGGAGGAAAGCAGCAUCAUCACACAGAUUAAUGACAUGUCCACUUUGAGUUGGUCCACUCGCAUCAAGGCGUUUUGCAUUUGCUUUGUCUUGGGCAUUUUCCUUUCGCUGCUGGGCUCCAUUGCCCUAUUUUUGCACCGAGGAAUUGUGGUCUUUGCGGUUUUUUAUACUCUAGGAAAUAUAAUCUCGAUGGCCAGUACUUGCUUUCUGAUGGGUCCCUUCAAGCAGAUCAAAAAGAUGUUUGCCGAGACCCGACUGAUAGCCACCAGUAUCGUGAUCGUGGCCAUUAUUAUGACUUUUAUAUCGGCCAUAGUGUUGAAAAAAGCCGGACUGACGCUUAUAUUCAUUAUCAUACAAUCCCUGGCCAUGACCUGGUACUCGCUAUCGUACAUCCCAUAUGCUCGAGAUGCUGUUAAAAAGACCGUGUCGGCAUGCUUCGAAGUCUAACAUCCCCAGCGCUUCUGUACAUAAUAUUAAAUAUAUGAAAUUCUAGAUUUCGUUUGUAACUUAAGCUAAGAGAGACAAUUAAAUCGUCUGUAUUAACCUAGGAGUAGGCCGUAGAAAUUCCGUUUUUGUAUUUCGCUUAUUAACAAGUAUUCUCUCGUUUGUCUUUUAAAUAAAUAUAUAUAUAUAUAUAUAUCUUUUAUACAUAUAUAUAUUUACAAGUUUUGUAUUUAAUUUAA